AUGGAUCCGGCGCAUCGUACGCGCGUAGAGAAGUCGCUGUUACGCAAGUUGGAUGCGCGAUGUUCCCUCUUCGUCUUCAUCUACAUCCUUAACUAUCUUGAUCGCAACAACAUUGCGGCCGCGCGGCUCAAGGGACUCCAGAAAGAUCUAAGUCUCGACGAUACGCAAUAUUCGACUUGCCUGAGUAUCUUAUACGUCGGGUACAUCUUGAUGCAGGUCCCAUCGAACAUGUUUAUCAACCGGAUCCAACGACCGUCUCUCUACAUUGCAUGCGCCAUGCUUCUGUGGGGUCUCAUCUCUACGCUCAGCGGGAAUACGAACAACUUCACCGGGAUGGUUCUUGUGCGGUUCUUCUUAGGUUUUGUCGAGGCUGCUUUCCUUCCAGGAGCGCUCCUGAUCCAGUCUAAGUGGUACACACGAAAGGAAUUGACGACGAGGAACGCGAUUCUAUUCUGUGGUAACAUUAUCUCUAACGCCUUCUCGGCCUUGGUGGGAGCCGGUGUGCUGUCGAAUAUGGAUGGUGUUCUAGGCCACGCCGCUUGGCGAUGGCUAUUCUGGAUCGAGGGUGCGGUUACCAUGGCCACCGCUAUCGCCGCCGGUUUCGUUCUUCCGGAUCUACCGCACAAUUCUCGCGGGUUUACCGCCGAGGAACUCGAGGUCGCGCAGCUGAGAAUGAUCGAAGAUGUGGGCGAGGCUGAUGUCGAUGAAGCCAAUCAAGGUGUCUUUGACGGUUUGAUUAUGGCCGUCAAGGAUAUUAAGAUUUACCUCAUGAUGCUUACCUUUACGGCCUACGUCGUUGGUCUUUCGUUCAAUGCCUUCUUCCCCACUCUUACUGGUACGCUUGGAUUCGACGAUAUCCCGACACUACUCAUGAGCUCGCCGCCUUGGGCCUUCUCAUGCAUCGUUUCGCUACUGAAUGCUUGGCACGCUGACCGAACUCAGGAGAAGUUCUGGCAUAUUGUCGGUCCCAUCCUUGGUGGACUUGUCGGUUUCGUCAUCAGCAUGUCAACUCUGAACGUAGCCGCCCGAUACGUGGCUCUGUUCCUCCAAGCCAGCUCCUACGCGGGCUUCAUCGUCUUCUACUCGUGGAUCAGCUCGUCAUUCCCCCGACCGCCAGCCAAGCGUGCCGUAGCGAUCGCGCUUAUCAACGCGUUCUCGCAAUUGGGUAACGUGGCGGGUAGCUAUGUAUGGAACCUGAAGGAUAAUGGUUACCGCAAGAGUUACGGUAUUGUCACAGCUAUGUUCGGAAUCACGAUCGUCGGUUGCUGGGCGUUCCGUGCCAUCCUGGCAAAUCUCAACAAGAAGCUGGAAGAGGGCGAGCGCGCCUGGGAGACACAGCCCGACGAGGCGCGCGUAUCUGACGCGAAUGCCCCCGACGAGGCAUUGCGGUUGCACAAGGGAUACCGGUACAUAUUAUAA